AUGGAAGAAGAUGUCGAACGGCGCAAUUCUAGUCCGGGGUCGGCCGCUUGGCCUGUUCGCUUCAGAUUGGAAGCUGUGGGAAGCUAUCAGUCCCAGCGUCCGCUCUGCACUGAGGAGUUGGGCCGGGGGCAGAUGUUGCACAAGCUAUUCAACGAGCUUCGCGACAUCGUCCUGCUCCUGGGGGAGGUGAGAGGAGAUGAGGUUGGAUCUGGCGCAGAAAAUUCAAGGGUGGGAGAUGAAGGUGCAUUGACCGGGGUGUCGCUAAACGAGAGUAUCAACGAGGGUGACGAGGACGUCGUCGUAGAGACGAGUGGCGGCCGGAUGAUUCGCAGCCGCUAUGUCGUUGGCGCAGACGGUGCACGUUCGACUGUCAGGACAGCCCUGGGCAUCAACUUUACCGGCACCAAGCCCGAGAUGACGUGGGCCGUUCUAGACACGUUCAUCGACACUGAUUUCCACGUCUGUUCGGAGAUCGUCACGUUUCAGCUGAACCAGGAGAGCCGCGUGGCGUGGAUCCCGCGGGAGCGGGACCUGGCUCGUUUCUAUGUUCUUCCGAGGGAGAAAUCACCGAGGAGAGGGCGAAGGAGUCGAUCCGGGCACACAUGGCGCCACACCGGAUCGACUCUGUCUGGACCGAGUGGUUCAGUACGUUUGAAGGAGCGCAUCGCCUCAACGUUUGUUACCAAGGAAGGCCGAGGCCGCGUCAUACUGGCUGGCGACGCAGCUCAUGUCCACUCGGUCAAUGGCGGACAGGGCCUCAACACGGGUGUCGCCGACGCCUUCGGUCUCGCAUGGCGACUCGCAUAUGUGCUCACCAACAAGACGGCCAACAAGACGGCAGCGCAUGAUCUGAUAAAGAGCUAUAACGCGGAAAGACGAGUCGUUGCCCAGGGCAUGGGGGUAUCUUACGAUGGCAUCGGCUCAAAGCUGAUCCACGACUCCUCCGUUGGCAUCUGGACGGCGGGGCACCGUUGCCCUGAUCUGUACCUGAUGCCGACGUUAGACGCUGAGGCCAAGAGGUUGUACUCUCUUCUCUCGUACGGCAGACACCUGAUUCUGCACGUCGGAAGGCCCGAGUCGCGGGCCGGUGGAGUAGCGAACAGGGCUAUCAGCGACGGCGUCGCCCGCACAUUCAGGGUUCUUCCCCGGCCAGAGGGUGCUGAGGCGCACGCCGAUGUUUCUCCAGGCGUUGAGGUUUUCUGGCCCAACUGGGUUCGCCCAACGGAUAACUAUGUGGUCAUUGUCCGGCCCGACUUCAUCAGCCACUAUGCCUUGGCCGAGGCACGUCAGCUCUGGGUGCUCGCAGUGAGCCUCUACUGCACCUCGCGCAACCUCUCCGCGCAUUUCGAAACAGCACUAUAG